CGCGCACCACACGGAAGCGCGCAGACUUUUCUGCUUGGCUCACCGCAAAUUAUCUACACUUAAUAUUUAAGAUAAUGAAACGUUAAACACGCGAUUCUGUCAUGUUUUUCAGACAUUAAAGCCGUGCGGAUUUCAAACGGUUGAAGAAAAUGAUUCCCGCGCUUGUUUUUUUCUAUUUAUGUUUUUUCCCUCUGGUUGAAACAGAUAAGAUAGAAGUGCCAGUGAUGGCGGGAGAUUCCCUCACUCUCCGCACCGGUCUGACUGAAAUUCCGAGCGAUGGUGAUAUCGAGUGGUGGUUUGGAUCGAGCAGAACCUUGAUAACCAAAAUAGCGAAGGGGAAAAUUACAUAUGGUGUCGAUAAGAGAUUAACAGAAAGUCUGCAGAUCGAAAGACAAACUGGAGAUCUCACUAUCACAAACGUCAGUGAUGAACACAAUGGAGUUUAUGAACUAAAUAUCAAUGAUGCAUUCGCCAACAAAUUCAGUGUCACUGUUUAUGCUCCUCUACCUGUUCCUGUCAUCACCAAAUACUCUCCUCAAUGUUCAUCAUCAUCUUCAUCAGCGUCCAAAAGUGUGCUGUUGUGUUCAGUGUUGGAUGUGAGUCACGUGACUCUCUCUUGGUACAAAGGAAGCAGUUUAUUGUCCAACAUCAGCGUGUCUGAUUUCAGCAUCAGCAUCUCUCUACCUCUGGAGGUGGAACGUCAGGAUAAAAACACCUACAGAUGUGUGCUGAACAAUCCCAUCAGCAACCAGACUCAACAUCUGGACAUCAGUGGACUCUGUCAGACUCGCUCAGACGGUGACCACGACUGGACCGAAGCCGUAAUCCGAUUGGUCAUCGCUGCUGUGAUGGGCGUGGCUGCAGUUGCUGCUGUUGUUGUGCUGGUUUAUGAUAUCAGGUCCAGAAGAAUUGAACUGGAGUGGAAAAUUAAGUUCAUCAAACAGUAAUAAAACAGGAAUAAACAGUC